UUGCCGCCGCGAAUCGAGGCGCUGUUCGAUAAGCCGGGCGUGAACGUGAAACGUGAACGUAGGAGACGUUCAAGCGCACAAUCGAGAUGUCGAGGAACGACGGCAAGAAGGAUACUUCGGCAUCCGCGUUCCGCAAGAUUGACGUGGAUCAGUAUAGCGACAACAAUUUCAAAGAGGAAGACGCCGACGGUGGCAUAGGCGCGCCCACCGGUCCAGACGAGAACGAGAUUUUGACACUUCUUAGCCAGGGUAAGAACGCGGAGGCGCUAAUAUCAGUAUUAAAGUCCGCACCACUAGAGAGUAAAAACCAGCAAGUCAAGGACAGUGCCCGGAACUUGACACAAAAGGUGCUUUUAAGUAUAAAGUCGAAUCAAAUGGACGAUUGUUUAGCACAAUUAGAUCGUGACUUAGUGGAUGUUUUAAUGAAGUAUAUUUAUCGAGGUUUCGAAAUUCCAACGGAAGGUAGCAGUAGUCACUUAUUAAUUUGGCAUGAAAAAGUAUUCAAUAUAAGUGGCGUUGGUUGCAUCGUUCGUGUAUUCUCUGACAGCAAACGGGCUUGAAGUUUUGUACAUUUUGCAGUAACGGUCAUUACGGUAAUUACCAUUAAUUCUUACUGUUAUUCAUCAUCAUUGUUAAUAUGAGGAUGUAGAUAGGAAAGCCAUUCACACCAUUUUCCAUAUGGGAAAUAUAACAAAUUUGUGUACAUUUGUUAUCAAUAAAGUAAUUUUUAUUUCUUGUA